AUGGAGCCUCCACUGCCCACACCGCCGCUACUGCUGCUGCUGUUGCUGCUCGUGGGCUCCGCCGCGCUCCCUGCGCCCCCCAGGAUCCCAAGGCACUCAGACGGGACGUUCACCAGCGAGCUCAGCCGCCUGCAGGACAGCGCCAGGCUGCAGCGCCUGCUGCAGGGUCUGGUGGGGAAGCGCAGUGAGCAGGACACAGAAAGUAUCCCAGAGAACAGCCUGGCCCGGUCCAAGCCUUCAGAGGACCAGCUCUGCUUGCUGUGGUCGAACACUCAGGCCCUACAGGACUGGCUUCUCCCCAGGCUUCCCCUGGAUGGGUCCUGGUCUCCCUGGCUGCCUCCUGGACCAAAGCCUGCCGUCGAUGUUUCAGAGUGGACUGAAGCAACCAGGCAGCCCUGA